CAAAUUUUCACAUUUUCUCUGUCUCUCCAGAAUUUAAUCAUCAUUUCUUACUUGUACCUAGACACGUUUGCUCUCUGUUGGUCUUGAGUUGUGGCAAUCGAUGUUACAUAGGGUUCAGCCACUGGCGACGCCACCCUCACAAGCGUUGAGCUUCUAAGAGAACUGCCGUGACAACGAUGACCGUCCUUAGGAACACCGGGUUUUGGUCGAUAUCGGCAGUUGCCCAAGUAGUCAUUACGACAACGGCACAAUUGAGCCUGUCCAGAUGUUGGUCAGAUAGGUUUGCGGAUGGAAACAUGAUUGACUGGACGAGCUAUGACGGCGACUGGUCCGUCGUCAAUGAGCGGCUUACCGUGAGUGGCUCGCCUGAGGCUAAAGUCACGUUGGAUACCAACUUCACCGACCUUAUUUUCGAUGCGUCAGUCACUGUUCGAGACAUCGACGAUUCAAUAUAUGAUCUUGAUAAUGGGAGUGAACGGCAUGGUCGGAGCUGUGCGGGAUAUCACUCGAACGCCCUGGUUAACGAUGCCUUCAAAGCCGGAAACCCACCUACUAACUAUUUCGUUCUUGGCUCAGUGUGGUUUCAAACCAUCCAAUCCUCGACACUAGACUAGCCAUUCAGCUAUGGCCUUGUCUCAUCGUGCUGACUGAAAGUUGUUCGCGCUCUUUAUACAUGGUCUGUCGCUGGG